AUGUCUUACGAAACGCCGUUGCGGAAGCAACAGCCCAUUGCUACUCCCAGUUCGGGCUCCAGGCUCAGAAGCUUGUUUCAUUUGAGCCAACAGAACUCAGAAACCCCUAUUAAACGAAAUGUUUUGAUGAGUCUCAGUCCGCUUAGAAAAGGCAGCCGCAAUUCGUUUUCUGUCCUAAGCCCCACUCGAAUCAACUUCGAGCAACAAGAGAACCAGACACCUCUUCUUCAAGAUACCGAGCAAUUUGAUAAUACGGUGAAUUAUACCGGCGAUCUCUCGAGUUUGGUCACAAGCGACGAAUCCCAGAGCCAGAUAGAUGAUAGCUUCAGAGCAGCUAGACACAAGGAAGAGCUCCGAAUCAAGAGAUCGCAACAGAAUUUGGGCUAUUUCACUGAAAGUUUGGCUGACAUAGGAUCCUGCAGCAGCAGUAUUCGCACUAAGAACUCGAUAGUCAACCUGAUAAAUAAUACAGAGGAUGAUUUCACAAUUUACGCCGACUACCACUCCAGCAUGACUGACGGUUUGGCCGAGGACGAGGCAAGCGAAUCUUGCAGAACAUCAGAAAAGACCUCCCUCCCUGACAAUAAGACAAUGUAUCAUGAUUCAACAGAAAAACUGGUGCCACUAGAAACUGAUCCAGCUGCCACCAAAAACUCGUCGCUCUCCCAAUUUCGAAAGUUUGCUCCGGGAACUCAGCAUUAUUUACUAACCAAAGAAGAGUCUGAUCUGUACAACAAGAAAAGGUACGGUCCUAUCACUCCACAGAAAGCCUAUCUCAAAACCCAUGAGCCUAAGCGCGAUUUUAGCUCCUCUGGGUCCUCGGGAUCUACAGACUCCAAUACCAGUCUUAUCAAAAAAACUGCGACUGACUCGCUGUACUCUUCGGGUUCGGGAUCCCUGUUUCAAUUGGAGGGUCGCUGGAACGAUCUUGGGGACCUUGAGAAAUUCUACUACCAUAAAAGCAUAGUCACUCGACAGUGUUCGUCAAGCACUGCGUUGAUAUUUGUUCUGAUUUCGUUCUUGGUGCCACCAUUCUGGAUACUGAUUUGUGUCGGGUACCUUGACAACGAAUUCGGCAGAAUCCCAACCAAGUACAAACUGAUAAGCGGUCUGCUUGCGUUUGCAGCUGCUGUUGGGUGCGCUAUUGGACUUGGAUUCGGAUUUAGUCACAGUGUCGGUUAG